CUUUUUGACGUUUUCAUGCGGUAGAAGCUAAAUUAUGUGUUAAUUCUUACACGAAAAAAAAUAUUCUAGGAACCGAUAAAAGCAAGAACUGAACCGUUUAGUAUUGGUUCGGUUCCAUAUCGGUUCUUGAUUUUUUAUAUAGGAACCGAACCGAUUUCAUUUGUUAAAAUUUAAAUAACGGUUCCACUAUUUUUGAGUAAGAACCGAACCGGUCCCAGGCCUAACUCCAGCAAUGAGGCCUACUCCGGAGAUGAUCUGGAAGUUUUUGAUAGGGGCAACCCUCGUGACAUCCAACGCCAUGUGGUGCCGCUGUGGAACACCCAUGGUUGUAAGCAGUUUUUCUCUGACCAAACGUUCUGUGAACUUCCACUAUAUCUGUCGUCGCCCAUCGUUUAUAGCCUGUGCGGGAAAGACAAACCCCUGAAGAGGCGCCCUGGGAUGGUGAUGGUCGACUUGGAUUCCCUGAAGGUCGGACUGCAGUUCCCACUAAAUCCAUUCUACCUUGAGCUGUGUUCCACCACUAUCAGGUCGUAUCCGCCCAGUUCAUGUCAAAAUCUUACUGAUUCGUUUCUGCCUUCAUCGUUCGGUGCAUUAGGAAGGGCGCCGCAGAUCUGAUCUUGGACUUGUUCCAUUACUUCUUCAAGUUCUCUCCCCAAAACUCUGACGAGUUCCUAAGAAUUAGCAUCCAAGCGAGAUGGAAACUGUUUCAUGGGGCUCCCUCAUCUUUUCAUGAUUGAAAAAAAAAAUUCUUUUUUGUCCGCUUCCCCGAUGGUCAGCUACCCGACCGGUGGAAUGGAUACCUCCCAAAGAUCGGGUCUCCACGCCUUACUGAGGAGUUGGAGAAGAAUAUUGAAGUAGUGAAAGAGGGUGGAUCCGAUCAUCUGAUAUUCUACCUCACCUUCCAGGAGCUCGCCGAUGCAGGGAUAGGUAUCUCCCAUGUUAAUGGAAUGUUAUUCCUUUGAGUCACGUUUAGACCUCGGGCGUGCGUUCCGUUCCUCAAAGGUGAGCUCCUUUAGGCGUUGUUUGGUUCAAAGGAGGGGAGGGAAGGGGAGAGUCAAGGAGAGAAGGGAAGGGAAAGGAAGGGGAAGGAAGGAUUUUGAUAAAAAUUUGUGUUUGAUUGGAAGAAAUAGAAGGAAAUGUUUAAUGAAAAUAUUUUCGCAAAUUGCUUUUAUUUGAUAGCUUACUUAAAAAAAUAGAUACAUGUCUAACUAUUGUGAAUAUUACUCUUAUGAUCAUGAGUCAUAAUUUUAUUUUAUUUGAUUUUUUACUUUUUUAAUUUUAUAAUUUUUCAUUUUUCAGUUUGGAAUUUUUAAUUUUUAAUUUUUUUUUUAAUUUUUUUUUUAAUUUUUAAAAUUUUUAAUUUAUAAUUUUUAAAUUUUUUAAUUUUUCAAAACUUUUUGUUUUUUACCUUUUUAUAUUAUAACGUUUUGUUCAUUCACGUAGGAGAUGGAUAGUUUGUGUUAAUCAACACGUUUCCUCCGAAAUACCUCGAUUUGGGGGUUUAGAAUGGGAGGAAGUGGAGGAUCCCCUCCGCUUUCCUCCCCUUCCCACUAUUUCCUUCAAACAAACAUAUACAAAUCCUCCACUUUCUUCCCCUCCCCUCUGAACACCUACAACCAAACAGGGCCUUAGGGCUCGCACCGCCCGGUUUUGACAAUUGAAGAAUGACGCAUUGAAAUUGGAAAGGGCUGCUAAGGCUGUUGCAGACUUAGCAGACUCCGGGCCUGCGGAGGAAGUGUCACGCAUGCGGGUUGCUGUCACCUACCGGCCAGGCACUAGGAAGGAAAAAGGAGCCGAAGAGGCCCCGUACCGAGCCUUCCGACCCUGCUGCUCAGGUUACCAGGUUGCCCUCCCUCGGAUGCCUGGCUAUAGAAGCAUGGACGGAAUUCACUGUCCAUUCGGGAUUGGAGCUGCUGCCCCGAUUGUCUCCUGAGACCGUUGAAGCUGCACUGACGACCUGCUUCCAGGCCGGUGUGUACAUUCUGUAGUCUGAAUCCUCUAGGAACAAGGACGCCCUUCUGGUAAACUAGAAAGCUGAUGAGGCCCUCAAGACGGCCUAUGAGUCUGCUCGGCUGCAACUGGAGGUGGCCGCCCAACGCGAGAAGGAUCUCCAGGCUGCUCUGGAGGCGGCUCUCGAGAAAGUGUCUGCCAUUGAGAGGAUCUGGAUCUCAUUCUCUCUUGACCCCAUCCCUGAUCCCAGCGCUGAGGCCAAUGCUAAUGCAAUUGCCGAGGCUACCGCCCAUGUUAAUGCUGAUGCCACUGCCUCUACUUGGCGUGCUGAUCCUGCCGGUUAUGAGAAGAUGGCCAUGUUCGAGGCCACCACUUAGCAAUAUGCCUGAGGUGCCGUCGAUGACCUUUUUGAGGAGGUGCUCUCCUAGGAGACAAAAAGGGAGCACUUAGGGCAUGGAACCAGGCUCCUAAAGCGGACUCUGCUCGGCCGCCGGUUCCUUUUUGAUAUCGGGUCGGAUAGCUCGACGAAAGGCUAUUAUGAUGCCGUUGAGGCCCUAAUGCCGAUCCUCCUCAAGGGCUUUGGCGAGAAAUUCUCCAUGGCUGAGCAUACUGAUGACAUCGUCUUGGUGGACACCGCCGACAAGCCGGCCCGGAAUCAAGCUAGGGCCAGGGACAUGGGAGAGGAGCCCGACCCACCGACUGAAGAUGAAGAAUAUGAGGAGGUCGAGGAGAAACAGACAGAGCAGACCCCUCCCAUCCCUCGAUUGUAUUAUGCCUUUUGUUCUCCUUUGUGUAUAUUCCGGCCAGUAGCGCCGAAGAAUGAAAAAUACAUUUUUGCCUUUACUCACUUCUCGUAUAU